ACUGCUCCAGAUGCCACACAGAAUUCAUCUCGAGUCAGCGGAGUAGUCUCAACAGAAGAAAUGGUGCAAGUCUCAAUAGAAGAAAUGGUGCAAGACUCAACACAAGAUGCCACACAGAAUUCAUCACAGAAUCCCACACAGAUUCAUCAAGGGACUGCUCUAGAUGCCAUACAGAGCUCAGUAAGAGUCGGCGUAGCAAUCUCAUCAGGGAGAAGUGGUGCAAGACUCAACACAAGAUGCCACACAGAAUUCAUCAAGAGUCAGCAGAGCAGUCUCAACAUGAGAAAUGGUACACCUGACAUCAACAAUUAUCUUUCUUCUGCCCUCUUUUUCCACGCUCCCACUUCACGCUUUUGA